AUGGCAACACCUCACCUCGACGCCCUCCGCCGUGACGGCUUCGUAGUAGUCCGCAACCUCCUUACCCCGGAAGAAGUAAUCAACUACCGCGAAACCGCCACAAAAGCAACAACCCUCACAAGAACCGGAAGCUGGCCACACUUCCGCACCGUGCCCAAGCAAUUCCCCCCAUGGCCAACAACCCCACCACCAGCCUCGGAGGGUGGAAUCUGGGGCGUCCAGCACCUUCUGCACCCAGAAAUGCCAGGCCGAGACAGUUUCGCCAAGUGUUAUUUCUCACCCUCGAUCCUUGCCGUCGCAGAGGAAUUGAUGGGCGUGAAUCCUUCCAGCUCAGCUUCCACAUCCGCUGAGCCCCUCGUGAUGGAAUUGUUCAACCUCCUCGUAGCGCCUGAAACGAAGGAUUUCGAGCUCCGCUGGCACAGAGAUGAUAUCUCUGAGCAUGCAACGGCCGAAGAGGAAAUCGCUCAAUUGGCCGCUAAAGCACCGAACGGGCGACAGGGCCAUUGCCAGUAUAAUCUGGCGCUAUGCCCUGAUGCAUCGUUGAUUGUUGUUCCGGGCACGCAUGGACGGGCACGGACGCAGACGGAGCGUGAGGCUGAUCCUUAUGCUGCUUCUUUGCCUGAUCAGCUUGUUGUUGAGUUGCAACCUGGUGAUGCGGUGUUUUAUAAUAGUAAUAUUUUGCAUCGGGGUGUUUAUCGUGGGAAGGAGGAGGGGGGUGUGGAGACGAGAUUGACGCUCCAUGGGAGUAUUGGGUUGAAGGCUAGUGGGGAUGGAGAGGGGGAUGUUGAGGAGAGAAAAAAAGUUCGGGCUACGGCUGUUUUGCAGCAUGGGGUUGGGGCUUGGGUUCAUCGGGAUGAUGCUACUUUUAGAGUUGGGGAGAGGGCGGAGAGAAUGAGGGCUAAUCUUGUUCAGAUGGGGACUGGGGAGGGGGUUGGCUUUUCUUUGCAGGGGUAG